GGUCCUUGAAGUGUUGUGACCAAGGCAGCUUGCUCAAUUGGGAGCCGCUGACUAACUCUUCAAACGAGACAGACGAGCCCCUCACCAUUUCUCCGAAACUCCAUCCUCGCAUCUGCCAUGGCUCCCCAGGGCCAACUACCACGCGCCCGUGUUUGCUCGCCCUAGACAAUGAGCAGUACCGCCGACAGAUGAACCGAAGCCCCAAUGGCUGCUGGACGUGCCGCAUCAGGCAUCGCAAAUGCGACGAGGCCACUCCCGCCUGUCGCGAGUGCAUCGACCGCGCGAUCCCGUGCCAUGGCUACGGCCGCAAGCCCGCCUGGGCCGACGACGAGACGCAGCUGCGCCAGGAGCUGGUGCGCAUCAAGCGCAUGGUGAAUGCCAACUUUCGGCGCACCAGGAGGCAGCAGCAGCAGCAGCAGCGACGACGACGCGGAAGUUCCUCUGACGAGCUCUCGCAAGAUCAUGGGCCAAGCCUUACCGCUGUGGCAGCGACGCCCAGCAGCGCCAUUCCAUCCGCCGGCAUCGAUGGAACCUAUGAGACAUCUUUUCGCGAGGCGCAGCUGCUGAUUCACUACCUCGACUACAUCUUCCCCAUGCAGUACCCGUACUACAGGGACGACCCGGCGCUCGGCGGACGCGGGUGGCUCUUCUGGCUGCUCAUGAAGCGCGGCCCGCUGCACCAGGCGGUGCUGACGCUCGCGGCGCUGCACCACCACGUCGAGUUUGCGUACGCGCCGGAGGAUGGGGACUUGGGUGAUAGAGACUCGGAGCUGCUGGGGUACCACACCAAUGCGCUGCAGCGGCUGCGACAGGCCAUCUCCGAGUGCGAUGCGGAGCGCUUCGCCGAGAACCGCGAGCAGCUCAUUGAGUUUCUCGCGUGCGGCUCGGCGCUCAUCAGCUUCGAGCUGUUCCAGGGCGGCGUGACCAAUUGGCAGCCUCAUCACAACGCUCUCGUUUCCGUGGUCAACAGGCUCUCGCCCGAGGCCGUGGCGCUGCGCGGCGCGGACACCGAGCAGCCGCUCCUCAGCGGCAUCGACCUCGCGGAGCGCUUCCUCGUCACAAAGGUGGUCUGGCUGGACGUGCUGGCGGCGACGGUUACGGGCACCGCGCCGCGGACGCGGUACGCCGAGUGGCUCGAUGUCGAGGGCGUGGACAUGUCGCGCGUCAUGGGGUGCCGCAACUGGGCGAUGCGCGCCAUUGGCGACUUGGCGAGCGUUGCCGUCGAGGGCGACGCGGACGACGAGCCGGACGUAAGGGCCGUCGAGGACAUCAGAAAGCGGCUGGAACAGGGCCUGGAGGGCAUUGACGAACAGUCGGUGAGUUGCACACACGAUUGCUGUUGCGAUACAUGUGGUGAUCCCUUGCAUUGUUGACACAUCCAGGAGCCAUCACCGGCUAUAAGCGAUGCGCUGACGAGAGUGUUCGCCUCUGCGGCCCUCGUGCAGCUACACACGACGGUCCCUGGGACCAGUCUCGCCGAUGCCACCGUCCACGACGCCGUCUCUCGUGUCAUUGACGCGCUGCGCGAGCUGCCGAGUUGGGUUUCGGUUCGGGGCCUGGCGUGGCCGAUAGCCGUCGCCGGAUCCGUCGCGACGGCUGGGGCGCAGCAGUGCUUCUUUGAGGACCUGAUGCGACAGCGGGUGCUCGACGGGUCAGGCGGUGGCUUCACAAACUGCGGCACGGUGCUGCGCGUUCUCAGGCAUUGCUGGGCGCACGCGAGGCGGUGGCCCGGAGAGAUGUGGACGUGGAGGGACGGCAUGGCGGACAUGGGCAUUUGCGCGUUGCUGAUCUGACUGGACGGUUGCUCAUGACGGAGAAAAGGAUGUUUUUAUUUGCACUAUAUAGGGCACAUUCACUGUUGAGGAGCGGCACAUGUGCAUCACAACGAAAUGAUACGGGGGCGUCGACGGUCGGGGGAUCGCGGGAACCUGUCAUCUGUGCACCAUUGUCAGAAUCAACAGUUCAUCGCCAG